AUGAAGCCAGCAGAGAUCAGAUUCUCUCUACAGAGACCUCUACAGCACAGAGAUCCAGCCAUGGCACCUACAAUCACUGCAGCAAUGACCAAUUCUCAGGAGCAUCUCACUCUGACCCACAAGCUCAGAAAGCCUCUGGUGGAGAAGUUACGCAGAGAGCGAAUCAACAGCAGCAUCGAGCAGCUCAAGUCUCUCCUGGGUCCAGACUUCCUCAAACAGCAGCCAGACUCCAAGCUGGAGAAAGCAGACAUCCUGGAGAUGACAGUUUGUGUCCUGAGACGACUGCAGCAGCAGCAGCAUCAACAGCAGAGAAGACUGCUGAACCACGUCAACAAGCUGCAGUCUUCCUCUGACAACAACCUGACAGAGGCUGACUUCUCUCCUCUGAGCUCCACAGUCCACACCAGCAUCACCAAAGACAAGAGUCCAGACAACAGCGCCCUCUGGAGGCCGUGGUAGACACCAACUCACUGGAGUUACUGCCACACAAACUCUCAUGACCACAUUGGUCAAAGAUUACUGGACUGAAUCCUUUGAAAUUUGAUGGACUUGUUCUUCUGUAUGUACAGAAGGCUGUAUUUUGUGUAUUGAGUUUGUUCAAGAUGACAUUUCCUGAGGAAAUGACAGCAACAAUAUCUUUCAAGUUGAGAAAGAGAACCUCUUGUCAUGCAUGUUGCAUGAACAACAUCUGAUUGCAUCAGCAAUUAUUAUCAUACCUCACUGUACUUCAUGUGUUGGUAGUAUAUGCUAUGAUAACAUUUGUUAUCUUUUGAUUGUUAUUGAUCAUUUUGAUCAGAAAACUUUAACGGCCCUGUUUAUGGAAAUAUUGCCAUAAUGAAUUUUUAAUCUUUAAUCUUUGUGAUUAAUCAAAACUGAUCUGUUGUCAGAUCCAAAUGUUUAUACUUGUUGCGAAAAGUUUUGCUUCACGUCACAGUUUUCCAGUGACACUUUUAUGAUUCACCUUAUGACAGGUAUCAUCAAAAUAUAAUACGAUGGUGAUAUCUUUCACGUCUUUAUGAGUAAUGAUCAUUUUGAUCAAAAUUCUUAAUAAUUGUCUUUUUACUGUUAAAGUUUUGAUUACUGUCACAGUUUUCAGUGACAAUUCAAAUCUUAACAAUUUGAGAAAAAAUAAGUGUUCAUUCAGAACGAUGUGAUCUGUUUUAAGGUCAGUUUUUACCAUUUUAUGUUUUGUUCGCAAAAUACAAAUGUUUUAAUCCAUUUGAGAAAAUCUCUCAAAGGACAGUGAGGACUGUGUCCUCAAAUAUUGAAAAUCGUUUGUCUUUUAUAAAGACAGCUGUUCCUUUACUCUCUCUGAGUACAGUGUGUCUUGUAGAAAUCUACAAGUUGUUGUGAUGUAUCAUCACCUCUAGAUGGAGCUUUGUCACUUCAUGUGGAUCAUUAUGCCUUGUUGAAUAAACAAACACUGCAAACUGAA